AUGCUACGCAGAGUUUUACUCUUAGGCUCUUUGUUUGCCUCGAGUAAUGCAGUGAGUCUAAAGCAUCAUGGCACCUCUGAGCAGGGAAGCAGUCAAUUGAGCGAGACAGUCUCUGUAGGCUGUCACCAAGCGUGCACCCAACUGUCUGCCACCUUUGGCUCUGCUUUCCAUUAUCCCGACAACGAUCAAAACUUCACCAUUUGGGAUGCUAAGCAGCAAGAGAUUCACCCGGCUUGUCGCGUUGAGCCCUCCGACGCAAAGGAUGUUGCCCGUGUACUAGAUAUUCUAGUCCGUCAUUGGUGUAACUUUGCCGUCAAAGGUGGUGGCCAUUCAAGACAUCGGGAUGACUCGAAUUCUGUGGCCGGUGUCACGAUCGACCUCGACCGAAUAAACAACGUUGAGGUCUCGACAGACGGCACCAAAGCACGUGUUGGAGGCGGCGCAACUACCGCGAAAGUGUACCGAGAUCUAGAUUCUCACGGUCUUUCUUUCGUCGGUGGAAGGGUUGGCACUGUCGGCGUCGGCGGGUUUACCCUGGGUGGAGGAACAUCGCCUUUCUCCAACAAGUACGGCUUGUCUCUCGAUAAUGUUUUCGAAUAUGAGGUUGUCCUUGCCAACGGUACUAUCACGACCGUCUCUGAUGUUGAUCAUCCUGAUCUCUACUUUGCUCUCCGAGGAGGAGGUAACAAUUUCGGUAUUGUCACUGCCUUCACCGUUCGCACAUUCUACCAAGGUUCAGUUUUCACUGCUGCGACAAGCUAUCACAACAAUCAAAGCGAACAAGUCCUCGACCAGGUGUACGACCUUUGGACUGGUGAUGAGCUUUCGAGCGAUGUUGAGAUGGCCUACGACUUUUAUUAUGCCUACAGCCCCCAAAACGAUGACUUCACAUUGAUGGGCAACCAGCGCUACGCGAAGCCGAUUAUGAACCCGCCAGUUUUCAGCAACAUUGAUGAAAUCACUCCAUUGACAAGAUCCCCAAGGAUUGCCACCAUGGGCAAUAUGACAGGUAGCUCCGGGCCCAUGGGUGUCACAAGAAAUUUGUUUGCUACGCUCAGUGUGCGGCCAUCUCGCCUCUUUCUCACUCAGGCUCUCGAGAUUUUCAGUGAGGAGGUAAAGAAAAUCAAGUCUGUUAAAGGCCUGACUCCAAACUUCAUUUGCUAUCCCAUUCAGAAAAACGCCAUCAAGGCCAUGAAGCAGAGAGGUGGUAAUGCUCUGGGUAUUGACACAGAUGGGCCCAUUUUCCUUAUCCUAAUUUCUACGGCUUGGACCGAUGCCAGUGGUGAUGCCGCUGUCAACAGCAUGACAGAAAACACUGUCCAAAAGCUCGAAUCAGCUGCUGAGAAACUGGGGGUUGCAAACCGAUACCGCUACAUCAACUAUGCCUCAGCAGCACAGACUGAUGAGGUUUUCCCUGGCUACGGUGAAGAGAAUAUGCAGAGACUAAAGCAAAUUCAAAUGGCAGUAGACCCUAAGGGUGUCUUUACCUCAAAGGGACUGUGGAGAGGAUUUAGGAAGCUGCUCUAG